AUGGCAUCAAAAUCCACCCUCAUCGCCAUAAUCGCCGGCGUCGGCCCCGGAACCGGCGCCUCCGUCGCCCGCAAAUUCAGCCAAACCUACCCCGUCGUGCUCCUCGCCCGCACCCCCGAAUCCUUCUCUUCUCUCGCCUCUGAAAUCAAUGCCUCCGGCGGCCGCGCCCUCGGUAUCGCCACAGAUGUAUCCUCGUCUUCCUCCCUCACUUCCGCCCUGAGCGGGAUUAAGAAAGAGUUUGGUGAUGAGGUGGGGGUUGCGGCGGCGAUUUUCAAUGCUUCUGGUGCGUUUAUGCGGAAGCCGUUUUUGGAGAUUCCGAGCGAGACUUUUGAGAAGAGUUUGGGUGUUAGUGGGAUGGGUGGAGUGUUGUUUUCGCAGACUUUUUUGCCGUUGUUGUUGAAGGGCGUGGAGAAGGGUUCGGAACAUCCCCCUAGUCUUAUCUUUACGGGGGCGACGGCGAGUGUGAAGAGUAAUGCGCAGAUGGCGAGUUUCUCGACGGGGAAGUGGGCGUUGAGGGCGUUGAGUCAGAGUUUGGCGAGGGAGUUUGGACCGCAGGGUGUUCACGUCGCUCAUGCGAUUAUUGAUGGGGUGAUUGAUAUUCCGAGGACGAAGGAGUGGUUGAAGGAUAUGCCUAAGGAGGCGAAGUUGAGCGCUGAUGCUUUCGAUAAGAUGUCUGGCCUCGGCAACUCCCGCUGGUCCUCCAAGCCGACAUCAAAGUCAUCUGGAGAUGAUGUGAAGACUCCGGACGAGCCCAAACACAUCGCCGUCCCGUCCUUUGGGUUCACGAUGCCUUCUUUCACCAAGAAGUCGGCUACCGUCGCAUCGUCUCCUAUCGUCUCAUCUUCGACGGAGGCCAAAGUGGUCGAGAUGAAAAAGCCCGCGGUCAAGGUCGAUGAAGCCUCUGCUCGAGAGCUCAUCAAAGUCGAGACUGGUAAACCGCAGUCCAAGGUCACCGCCGCUGUCCAGGCGACUCGAGACCAGAUGGCCAAGUUCAUGGGCCUACGUCGUCAAGAUCGCCCUUCCACGGCAAAUGCGACGAUUGGACGUGGUCCAAGCGCGUCGUACGGAGGAUACAUCAGGAGGGGAUAG